AGCUUUCUCAUGGUUUGGUGCUGCUCGUCAGUUUAGUGCGAAUUUUCCGAUACGAAUCUUUGAUUUUACGUGUGUUCAACAGUGCCUCUUUUACUUGGAUUAUUUUUUGGAAAUCAUUUUUUCGUGUAUGGAUCAUGCGGUUUUUGGUGACAUUCAUUACCGUUUGCAUAGCCUGUCUCGCAGCUGUGGUUAGAGCACAGUUUGGAGGCUUUGGCUACGACUUCAGUUCUUAUGGAAGUUUCGGACUCGAUAGCCGCCUAACCAGGGCAAGAGACCCAAGAGAAAAUACUGGACCGGUGGUAUUUCCAGUGGCUCCUCCAGAUAACGGCGAAACCAGUGGGGUAGUUGUUGGUGCUUCUGGAUAUGGAUUCGUACCUCCAAAUAGCCCCAGCUCUAGGGCAAUAAAAAACCUUAUUUAGAUGUUUAGGUGCUUUUGACUGCAAAAGGGGGUCCUGGACGAUACUUCGGAUACUUCUAGCCAUCGCAACCAAAUACAUAACAAAUUCAACUAUACCAAGAAUCUCAUAGGUACUGCCCGUUUUGCGUGUAAAUAUGAUCAGGGUGCUUAACACUGCCGUGUAAAUAAUUAUUUAAUGGACAUCAAAGCCAUGCUGUGGCACGUUUGUUAAUUAAUGUUUAAAACACAAGUUAGCUUAAGUAUUUAAUUUUACUUCAUAAUGUCUCUGUGUGAGCGCAAAUGUCGACAUGUGCAAUAAUUGUAAUUUUAUUUAUUUGAAUUAAUUAUAGUUUUAUCAGGAAA